GCGAACUAACACAUGUAUCAAGUAUCAAUAGCUGAUUAUCAUUUAGAAGUUCUCUGUAUCUUGGAAAUAUCAAAGAAGUCUAAAACCAAGCGAUCUCCGUAAAGAGUGUCCUAUUUCUGUGAAGAAUUAACGGGUUUGGACAUGGAUGAUAAAACCUCUACCAAAGAGAAUCAAAGGAACUUAGAUAGGAUCAGCAAUUUACCUGAUUCGUUGCUAUGUCAGAUACUCUCCAACUUGUCCACAAAGGAAUCAGUUUCCACUAGCGUUUUAUCAAAAAGAUGGAGUAAACUCUGGUUACAUGUUCCUGCUUUGGACUUGGAUUCCAACAAGUUCCCAGAUUCUGAUGUCUUUGUGAGUUUCCUAGAUAGGUUUCUAGGCUCUGACAAUCACCAACACUUGAAUAGAUUCAACUUAAUCUAUGAGGUUUAUGACCAAGAAUCUCGUUUCAAGUUUUGGAUAGAUUCUGUGAUUAGACGUCGAGUUUGUCAUCUUGAUGUGCAUAGUUUAGUUGAUGACGAUGAUGAUAUAGUUAAGAUGCCUCUAUCUCUCUAUUCAUGUGAGACAUUAGUGAACUUAAAUCUCUACCUCGUACGCUUGGAUCAUCCCGAAUCUGUUUCCCUGCCUUGUGUGAAGAUUAUGAAUCUAGACAUGGUUACCUAUGAUGCUGAUUCGACUCUAGAGACUCUAAUAUCAAGCUGUCCUGUUCUGGAAGUGUUAACCAUAGUUCGUCAGCCCAGGGAUUGUCUAGAAGCUGUGUGUGUGCGUUCACAGUCACUAAAAAAAUUCAGAAUGGAGUCUGAGCGUUAUGGAAGUGAAGAACAUGUUGUUGUUACAAUAGAUGCUCCAAGGCUUGAGUGUUUGACUCUCAGCGAUCACCAAUCUGAAAGUUUCAUUAUACAAAGUGUUGGUCCCUCUACAAAGGUUAACAUUGAUGUUAUCUUUAAUGUGGAAUAUGGUGAGCCAUUGGACCCAUCUGAUUCUUCCAAGAUUACUAUGCUUGGUCAAUUUCUCUCCGGGUUAUCUACAGUCCACGACAUGAGCAUCUCUGCUUCGACUCUAGAGGUCAUUCAUGAUUACUGGAAAAUGGAACAGCUACCUCAGUUCUCUAACUUGUCUGGCUUGCAUGCUUGCUUCCAAGAAUAUUCUUGGGAAAUGUUGCCUUCUUUCCUUGAGAGUUUCCCAAAUCUACACUUUGCCGUUUUGGAAUUUGAUUGCAUUCCAAGCUCAGAGGAGAUUCAACUUUCAUCUGUGCCACAGUGUUUCUUAUCAUCUCUUGAGUUUGUUCACCUUAAGACAAAACGCAUCGUAAACAGGCAAAACCAACUCACAGGAACAUCAAGUAAGAUGAAACUGGCAAAGUACUUUCUAGAGAAUGGUGCAGCUCUAAAAAAAUUGACAGUAUCUUCGAGUUUCGACAACAUUUUCGAGAAGAUUAAAUCGAUUCCAAGAAGCUCUACGAGGUGUCGAGUUGUCAUGGAGUGAUUAAAGCCAACUUACGAGGUUGUCUCUGAUAAAUCCAGUUUUAUAUCCAAUAAACUACAUAGAAAUUAAGGUUUGUAUCCAGCUAUUAGUUAAAUAUAAGAUCGUUACAAGGGCUGCUUUGAAGUUUCUAUAAAGGCAGUAAAACUCAGCUUUCAUUUGUUUUGCGUAUCAAGAAGCUGAACCAACCGAGUGAUAUUAUAACAAUUAUUAUCAGUUACAACCACUGUUUGUUUUUCAUCAGAGUCUGAAGUGUGACAUUGUUUUUUGUUUUAUUGUGGUUAAAUGGUUUUGAGGAUGCUGCCGUUGACUGAUGUGAAACGGCUUUGUAAGGCUUUAGAGCUUAUCCCUUUGUGGCUUGUAACUAGUCAGUCAGUAGUCAACAGUUUAUAUAUCUUGUAACCAUGUUUAAGAUUCUGCUGAAUCAUUGUACGAGCCGAUUCUACAUCUCAACCUUCGUAAUAAAACCUUGUAAGA